AUGGGGGCCUUGCAGCUAGGAACUCCUAAUCCCACUAUGAUUCUGGACAGUUGGCAUUUGAAGGUUAUUGAUUUAAAAGAUUGCUUUUUUACCAUUCAUUUACAUCCUGAAGAUUGUGUUCCUUUUGCCUUUUCGGUUCCUGUAAUUAAUAAUGAUAGACCCAUGCAAUGGUUUCAUUGGGUGGUUUUACCGCAAGGAAUGAAAAAUAGCCCAACUUUAUGUCAAAUUGUUGUUAGUGAGGCCUUGUCAAAUAUUUGCAAAACAUAUGAUUCAAUCAUGUUAUAUCAUUACAUGGACGAUAUUUUGUUGGCUGUGGAAACUGAAUCAUCUCUUUCCCAAGUUUUCGACAGUUUAGUAGCUAAGCUUCAGCGAUACGGUCUCCAAAUUGCGACAGAAAAGGUACAAUCACUGCCCCCAUGGAGGUAUCUCGGCUGGAAACUUCUUGAUUCGCAUGUAUAUCCACAGUCUAUACGACUUGCUACUACAGUGAGUACUCUAAAUGACUUACAGAAGUUGUUGAGGACAAUUAACUGGCUUCGACCACUGUUGGGAAUAACGACACACGAACUGUCGCCUUUGUUUUCGUUGUUGAAGGGGAAUCCUGAACUAACUUCUCCUAGACAAUUGACAGAAGCAGCCCAGUCGGCGCUGCAGACAGUGAUAGAUAAAAUUAAUUUUAUGUUUGCUCAUUGA